UAUUGAGCGCACCUCCUGCAGACUCGACUUCAGCAAUAUUACCGCUCAACGACACGCUCGCUGUCGAGAAGCCAGGAUCGUAUGCCAACCACUUCUCUGAGCUGCUCUCAUUACAACUCUUGUCCCUGGUUCAAGAAGCUGAAAAUGCCACGCUUUACACGGAACACCUCACAUCCAUUCGUCGGGAGAGUAAGAGCGAACAAUUUUCGCUCGUGAUCCCAGCGAUCAGAGAAGACAUGCCUCAACUUUUCAGCGGGGACAGGCUAUUUCUCAGACCGCUGAACGUUGGGCUGCAGAGGGAUGCCGGACCCAGCAUCGAAGCGGAGAUAACGGGUCUUUUGAAACGAGACGGUAAAGUCUUCCUGAGAUCUCCGCAUCUCGAGCCAAUGGUGAGGUCCUGUAUCAGAUCUCUUUCAAGGCGAAUGCUGGCCCGAUCUGUGCCAUGCAAGACGCCGUCACGCGUUUAGAUCGAGCGAUGAGACACUCGAACGCGAUUGCAAGACGAUGGCUCUUUCCACAAUUGGAAGGUGCUUCAAACCCCGCACAAACGCUAUCUCACAGUCCAUGGGAUCCAUCGACAUUAGAUGCUACUCUCAAUGAAGAACAAAUGUCGGCUGCUAUCGCUAUUGCGUCAAGAUCACACACCAUCCCAUACUUGAUCAGCGGUCCGCCUGGGACAGGCAAAACAAAAACAUUAGUGGCUUCUAUCUUAUCCAUCCUCCAAGUCAAUCCUCAUGCCCACAUCAUCGCUUGCGCACCCUCCAACCCGGCAGCGGACACAAUCGUCAGCAGGCUCAUCCCGAGGAUGAACGCCAAUCAGUUGCUUCGCCUGAACCCGCCUAAUCGUACCUUCGCGGAAGUACCCGAUGACGUCCUGCGAUAUUGUCACGUCGAAGGCGAUGCAUUUGGUCUACCGUGCUAUGCAAAGUUGAUGGCUUUCCAAGUGGUCGUGACCACGUGUCAGGAUGCAGAGAUCCUCAUCAGAGCAAGGGCGACAAAUCUCGACACGAUGGCGACGGAGUUGGCUCACGGGGAACUCUUUCAUCCCGAUCAACCUUUGAACAUUCUCCCGCACUGGACUCACUUACUCGUUGAUGAAGCCGGUCAGGCCUCUGAACCAGAGAUUGCGAUCCCUCUAUCUGUGCUUUUGCCACCUCCAACAUCCCUUACCAGCAUCUCGGAUCCCGUCGUCGUGCUCUGUGGCGAUGUCCACCAAUUGGGUCCCCGCGUUCUGAGCGUGGCGGCACGAACGGGCGAAUUGGACGUAUCGCUCCUGGAACGUCUCUUUGAACGCCCAGUGUAUGCCUCGCAUCCAAUGUCGAGGACUAGCAUCAGACACAGACGCGCCAAUGGUGCAAGUGGUGCGAGUGGUGCGCCUGGUCCACCUCCUUUCUGUGACCUGGUCCGCAAUUACCGAUCACUCCCGGAGAUCCUCAUGAUCCCGUCUACUCUAUUCUACGAAGACACACUCGUACCUGCCGCUCGCGACGUAGGCCAUCUCGCUUGGGAGGGCUUGCCAAAUCCUGCCAUGCCAAUUGCGUUUCUCGGAUGCGACUCGGAAGAGAACUGGAUCGAAGAAGGCGCGUCGUGGUACAAUCUCGGCGAAAUCAGAAUGGUCGUGGAGACUGUUGGAAGUCUACUCGGAAACGUGCCCGAUCUCCGACAGGAGCAAAUUGCAAUCAUCACACCUUGGCGAGAACAAGUGUGGCGCUUACGUGCCGCUCUCCGUAAAGCAACUUUCUUCAAAGUCGAUGUGGGCAACGUUGAGAAUUAUCAAGGUCGAGAAUUCCGAGUAACUAUUCUGAGUACUGUUCGAGGCAGCAAGCGGUUCAUCCAGAGUGAUCAUCAGGCCAAUAUGGGUGUCAUCUUUGAGCGCAAGAGGUUCAACGUCGCCAUAACCCGUGCAAAGGAUCUUCUGGUCAUCAUUGGGAAUGCUGCUUGUCUCUCCCUUGACCCCUUCUGGAAUCAAUUUCUGCAGUUUUGUUUGCGCAAUGGGCUUUACAAGGGACCAGAGACCGGUAUUAAAGACACUGGAGCAUGUAUGUCUCGAUUAGAAAUCGAAAUGCGGAUGCGAAAUGAAUCCGACUUGGACGAAGAAAAGAAUCUGACGAUUGCCAACGCUGUAGCCUCGUUGGCCUUAGAAACUAGAUGAUUGUCGAAUCUCUAAAGUGUUGUAUCCCAUCCAUCAUGUCGUAUGCCCUGACCAAGCGU